AUGAGAGUGUUGCCUGUGGGAGGAAGAAGAAGAAAUAGUAGGCUGGGUUUCAGUUUAUGAAAAAAAAAAUGGUUCGUAAUUUUACGUUACCUGAAGAACACAUUAUUGAGUAUUUGGAUCAUCCUCAAUGGGCGAUCAGAAAUUUGUUGCCUAGAAAACUUGAUCCGCCGGAUACUUUUAAUGAGAGAGCUGCAGAGGCACUAGCAUUAACUGGGUUUCAACACGUUUCGCGAAUUGGUGAAAUGAGAGGUCAUUCUGCACUCUUAAGUGCCUUGGUGGAACGAUGGAGGCCAAAAACCCACACGUUCCACCUUCCAGUGGGUGAAGUGACGGUGACGCUGGAAGACGUGAUACAUAUACUUGGCCUCCAGGUUAACGGAGAACCCGUCACGGGUAGAUCGGAUAGCAGUUACCAGUUUUUGGUGGAUAACUGCCUCGCUUGUUUUGGUAGGCAACCGGGUCCGGACGAUCACGUGUUGGGCAAGGUAAAUCUCCAUUGGGUCCGGCGGUGUCGAGACAGUGAACCGUGUGACACGCAGGAGUCUAUUGAGCGGUAUGUCAGGGCUCACAUUUUCUGCGUGCUUGGUACAGUGGUGUUUCCAGAUAAGUCCACCACGUCUUUGAACUCGAAGUUUUUGCCUCUACUUCGGAAUUUUCAUCAGAUCUCACAAUACAGUUGGGGGGCAGCUAGUCUGGCACAUCUAUACAGAUCGUUGUGUCGUGCAUCGCGGUACAACUGUAAAGAGAUGGAUGGGCCACUGAUUUUACUUUUUGUUUGGGCGUGGGAGCGUAUGCCGUUCAUGGCCCCUAUACCGCGCAAUCAGCUUCUCAAUAUUGGUGUUCCACUUGCGCGACGGUAUUGUACUUUACUGUUGUAA